AUGGGGCAAACUGGAAACAUUUUUCUCCUGAGGGUUCCUCCACCACGUCACGUCGCUACGCACCAGAGCCGUCACAUCCUUCCUGCCCAUGGUUCUUAUGUUCUUCUCACAGGUACUGGUCGUGCCUCUGACCCGUCCCCUCCCAACAGCCCAUCCAUCCUUCAAGCGUGGCAGACGGCUGCCGAGCUUUGCAAGGACUAUUUUGGGUGGGUCUGGAUCAAGGUUCACGGUGAGGAAGCCACCUUAGCUGAUGCUCUGUUGGAAGGUCGCCUGCGCGUGAUCAGCGAUGGAUCCUUCAAGAACGAGUUAGGAACCGCGGCGGUUCAACUCUUGGUGAAGCAUGGAGGGUGCCAUCGAAUCAUCAUCCCGUGUCAGACCCCCGGUUUGCCCCAGGAUCAGAGCCCAUACCGCAGCGAACUCAUUGGUCUGUUGGCCGGUAUAAUGGCGGUUGAUUGGCUCCUUAAGCAAUGGUUCCCAAAUCUUUUGUCAUGCCCCAAGGUGCGGAUUGCUUGCAAUGGUCUCUCUGCCAUUGAGAUGGCUUUUGAUGAUCGCCCACUGUCUCCAACUGAUGCCCAGUUUGACUUGGUGUCGUCCAUUUGGGAAGCUAUACUUUGGUCCUUGGUGGAUUGGGCGCCCCAGCACAUGUAUGGACAUCUCGACAAGUCCAAUCUCUUUGACAAACUUUCUUGGUGGGAGAAACGAAACCUUGAGGUGGACGGAAUGAACUUGAGACGGCCAAUCAUCUCAUAG